AUGGUCAAUGCUAGCCCCGACCCCAGUGGGCAGCCUAAACAGGCCUCCAAUUCUUUCCAGGAAAGCAAUGAUAUCACUCCUGAGCAUGCACCUCCAUGUCUCCCAGCCGAGCCGUCCCCACACCACUUGUUUGAGCAGGCCCUCUUGUCUAAUUUCAUCGAGUCAUUCUCCCAGUCAGGUUCCAAGCUGACGCAGCCUGAUUCCUGGACGAGAUAUCUACUCUCAUGGAUAUCAUCCUCGAAGACCCUUAGGUCGUCGAUUCGAGCAACGACGCUUGCCUUCUACGCACAGGUAUCCAAGCAAAAGGCUCUGUGCCACGAGGCUGGCCAAUACUAUGCAUGUGCGCUUCAUGGCCAGAGGAUCUACAUGAGCCAGUGGCUGGCAGGAUUUAAUCGGCCAGCAAUUGCCGCACAAGAAAUACCUACCGAUCAGGAUAUUUGCACCUCGCUUAUGCUAAUGUAUUAUGAGCUUAUAAAUCCAGCUGCGACAGGAAGCUGGUUGGCGCAUUUACGAGGAACAGCCCAGCUCUUAGUACUGAGGGGGCCGCAGAACUGCCAGGUUGGAGCGGUUCAUCUCAUAUUCCGCUCGGUGCGGUUGUUACUGGCCCAAACAUCUAUUAGAACCCAGGAGCAGUCGUGUUUUGCCUCGUCGGACUGGUGCGAGAUACCGUUCGCUCACUCGAAAAAAACAGCACUAGACGUUAUUCUCGACGUAAUCCACAAGAUUGUCGGACUACUUCAACGAUACAAGAGCGGUGAGGAGUACAAGAACGAAGAUCCUCGCUCGAUACUCGGAUUAUUAGAGAACCUCACAGAGAGCCUCACCAACAGCGAACGCAUGUAUCUCCGCGAACUCCACGAGUCCUACUCAACCCAGACAAUCGCCUCAAACUGUCUCGCCUUCCAGUCAAUCGAAUUCGAACGACUGAAUGACGAAAUCUGGCUUGGUGGAGGCGACUUUUGCUCCGCUAUACCUGCGGUCAUGUUUCACUCAAUCCAGAUUAUGAUCAAUGAUCUUAAGCUGAAGCUUCAGAUGGCAGCAGAAAACCAUGUCGUGGUCGAGUCUGAGGCUGUGAUUAGGGCCUCCGAUUUGUUAGAUUUUGCAGACACUCUAUUCCAGCGCGAUCUUCAGAGUAGACUCAACGACGGCUCGUGUAUGCAGCUUGUUUUCCCACUGGAGAUGGUACGGCGGCAUAGUCUUUCUGAGAAGCAAAAGACACGGGCUAUGGCCUACCUUCAUCGGCUUGGGUGGAAAGAUGAAGAAGAUGAAGAAGAGCCUUGGAUAUGA